AUGGCUAAUGAUCAAGACAUUAUUAGCAACAAAAUUCCCGAACUCAUACAUGAUGUCGUCGAGUUAAUACUCAGCAAACUCCCUUACUAUUAUUUGCCGAGCUGCAGGUUGGUCUGCAAAACAUGGAACAAUGUGAUUUUAAGUUCUAAAUAUGACCUUUCAAUCUCAGCUGAUUCCAAUUUCUUGCUUGCCCAUGUUUAUUCCAACCGCCGUGAUUGUCCCUCGUUUCGUGAUCUCCAUUGUUUGGAAUUGGAUCCCGACCACGUGAAAGGGGUGAGGAGUGUUGCUUCACUCAACUUGCAUCGUAAGUAUUUCCAACAUUCUUUUAUCUCAACUAUUAAUUCGUGCAAUGGACUCUUAGCUUUUGUAGUCACCAAAAACACAAAGAGAUGGCUGACUCCGAAUACGGUCGUCAUAUUUAACCCCAUGACCAAUGAGUACCUUGAACUCCCCAAAGACGAAUUCAAACGGAAACGGCUUAACUGUUCCUAUGGAUUUGGAUUUUGUCCUAGAACAAAGCAGUACAAAGUAGUAAGAAACUCCACCGUCGAUGAUAGAAACUCCACCGUCCAUAGCAAUUACAAAUCAGAGAUUUUUGCUUUCGGAACCCGGCAGGAAUGGACGCGUAUUGAGUCGCCGUCCUGUUCUUUUCAUGGAUGUCAUGGUGCUUACUUGAAUGGAGGGCUGCAUUGGAUUGGACAAAAUGAUCUUGGUUAUAAUGUCAUUUAUCGUCUAAAUAUGGAAGAUGAGAAGUACAAGCAAAUUCCUUUUCCUAAUCAUGAUGGUUAUUUUCCUUAUAUUGGAGUAUUUAAUGGCGCUCUUCAUCUCACUAUUUCCAUGGAGGAGUACGAAUACAGAAUAUGGAAGAUGGAAGGAGAUGGUUCGUGGAUUAAAUCGUUUAGUGUCAUCGUACCAACAAAAAAUAUUAUUUCUUUUUCAAAAUCAACGGUUGAACAGAUUAAAACAUGUAAAGAUGGGAAGAUCUUGUGUGUUUGGGCUGGAGCUCAAUUUGUGUUGUAUGAUCCGAAGACGGAAACGAUGGAGAAGCUGAUGGAGGAUACAAUUGUGAGGUAUUUUUCCGUUCACAACAUUGAUUGCUUCAAUUUUAGUGCUCUUCGUGAUAUUUUAACAGGAAAGUUUUGUAAAUUUUGA